CAAACUCCCCUAUGCUCUGCUCCCGACGACAGAGUCACCGAAACCCCGUGAAAGCUCUGAGCUGAGCUCCAUCAAUGGCGGCAGCCCCACUCUUCUUCUCUCUCCUCCUCCUCUCUUCCACCUCUGCCGUCACCUCUCCCGCCGAGAACCUCCAGAAAGCCGCCGAGGUACUCUCCGACGCCCACUUCUCCUCCAUGGGCCUCACCCUCGACCUCAUCUCCGACACCCACAUCAUUCCCCCCUCGCCUUCCCUCACCGUCUUCUCCCCUCGCGACUCCGCCUUCUCCCGCUCCGGCCAGCCCUCCCUCUCCCUCCUCCAAUUCCACUUCUCCGAUCUCUCCCUCUCCUCCCAGUUCCUCCGCUCCCUCCCCUUCGGCACCGAGAUCCCCACUGUCCUCGAGAACCGCUCCCUUGUCGUCACCACUCUGCCCCGCGACGCCCGCGUCUCCCUCAACGGCGUCAGGAUCACCAAUUCUCCACUCUAUUCCGACGGUUCGCUGGUCGUCUUCGGGGCUGAUGAGUUCUUCAACUCGAGCUUCCAGCUCCCCGUCCCGAUCCAGGGCCACCGCACACCCAACCUUCUCUGUGCGUCCUCCAUAAAGAAUAGCCAGAAGUCUGGUUUUAACUUUAAAGCAGAUAACUUGUUCGAGAAGGCCUCGAAGGUGAUGAGAUCUUCAGGAUACUCAGUGAUGGCUUCGAUCCUCGGGAUGCAACUGCUCGGUAUCGAGAACCCAGCAACUCUGCUGACAAUUUUUGCCCCGAUAGAUGAAUCGAUCACCAAAAGAGUCCGGAAUUUCGGCGAGUACCCCUCAAUCUUUCUCCAACACACCGUCCCUUGCAGGCUCUUGUGGGGAGAUCUGGUCGAUAUCGAGAAUGGGGCGGUUGCAAUACCGACUUACCGUAAAGGGUUCAGGGUUCAUGUCACGAAAUCAAAUGAUAAUAAGCUGAUGGUCAAUAAGGUUCCGAUUGUCCGCCCUGAGCUGUACAAGAACGAGUGGAUUGUUGUCCACGGAGUCGGUGACCUUCUCGAGGGGAGCAACCGGAAGGGAGGAGAUGGGUCAUAUCCACCUACUGGUGGAAACGGUCAGGGAAAUAAUGCGGUUGCAAUGAAGAAUUUCAAGGCGAUGAUCGUGAUCACGGCCAUCUUCGUGCACAUCUUCUGAUGCUGCCGCCUUCUUCGAGUUUUCAUUUUAAUUUGUUGAUCUGUGAAUUGGUACUCCAUAGUUUUAUAUCUGAUAGAGAGUCGAAUGCGUUCGAGAUGUUCCAUACUUUCAGGUUGGUUCUCUUCCUUGUAUACUCACACAGUAAUAUCAUGAUAUCACUUGAUCUGCU